AUAUGUGCUCCAGAUCUUUCCCUUUCUUCCUUGAAGCAGCACACUUUUUUUAAGAUACAGCUCUUCAUUUGGCAUUUCUGGGAGACCCCUUUUUGAAGAGAUGCAAAAAUGAACGGCACUGGAGUCUUGCUUCGAAGCAACCAGUUCAUCCUCCUGCUGCUAUUUCUCCUGCAAAUUCAGAGUCUGGGUCUGGACAUUCACAGUCGCCCGACUGCAGAAGUCUGUGCCACACAUGCUAUUUCACCUGGACCCAAAGGAGAUGAUGGUGAAAGAGGAGAUCCAGGAGAAGAGGGAAAAGGUGGCAAAGUGGGACGCAGGGGGCCGAAAGGAAUUAAAGGAGAAUUGGGUGACAUAGGACCCCAGGGCAAUAUUGGCAAGUCUGGGCCCAUUGGCAAGAAGGGUGACAAAGGAGAGAAGGGUUUGCUUGGGAUACCAGGAGUGAAAGGCAAGGCAGGUACUGUCUGUGACUGCGGAAGAUACCGGAAAGUUGUUGGACAACUGGAUAUCAGUGUCGCCCGGCUCAAGACAUCUAUGAAAUUUGUCAAGAAUGUCAUAGCAGGGAUUAGAGAAACUGAAGAAAAGUUCUACUACAUUGUGCAGGAGGAGAAGAACUACAGGGAGUCCCUGACCCAUUGCAGGAUUCGGGGUGGAAUGCUAGCCAUGCCAAAAGACGAAGCCAUCAACACCCUCAUCGCUGACUACGUGGCCAAGAGUGGCUUCUUCCGCGUGUUCAUUGGGGUGAAUGACCUUGAGAAGGAGGGGCAGUAUGUGUUCACAGACAGCACCCCACUGCAGAACUACAGCAACUGGCAAGAGGGGGAGCCCAGUGACCCCUAUGGGCACGAGGACUGCGUGGAGAUGCUGAGCUCAGGCCGAUGGAAUGACACCGAGUGCCAUCUUAGCAUGUACUUCAUCUGCGAGUUUGUCAAGAAGAAAAAGUAACUUCCCUCCUGCCACACAUUUGUUACUUCCUUGUGACUAGCACUGCAGUUAUCUGUAUCCAUCUCUGUCUUCCUAAUUACACUGAAUUCACUCUGACUCAAAUGAGAAAUACUACUUGGGGGUUUGGCAUCUUCACAGCAUGCUCUUGGUGCCAAUUCUGACACUAUUAAUGAUGUAUUACUGACCCAAAAGCUCAGCAGGUGCCGUGGGCCCUGAGAAAGAGAGUUCAAAUUACUAUUUGGGCAGAAGGUAUUUGCCUGUGUCUCCCAUGAAAUGUUUUUUGGGAUUCUUCUUUUACCAUUUCUCCCUAUGGCCCCAUCCACUGCAGAUGCAUGAAUAGUUGCUUGGUGAUGGUUAGGUUGGUCAGUGUUGACUAGGCUUCCCAGCCCUUGCUCAAAUUCAGACGUAUAAGUGGCCUUCUGUGAGGAAUAGUAAAGUAUUUCCUACCUUUGCACUCCAUGAUUAGACCACUCACUCACAUGGCUAUGGCCACAUUUGAAAGUUCCCCUUGUUUGUAGAGACAUGGAAAUGUUUCAGCACAGUGUUACUGUAAGAAACUUCAAGCUUACUGACCUGUUACAGACCAUGAGGAAUCAUAGCAAUUUUUUGUGCUGUUGAUCUAAAACCUUCCAAAAAGUAAACCAGGCAGGCUCCUUGGGCUCCAUUUUGGAGACCCACACCUUUUUCCCAGGACCCUAGAUUUUUAACUGUCUGGGAUAAGGAAUUCUGGAAAUUGAAAUAGAAAAGCAAACCGUGUGUGUUUCCAAACAAUAUAAUUCAUACUCCUCUGGCUAAGUUGCCUUCUGCUGUCAACAUGACUCCAUUUUUCCUCAUCAAAUUUUUAUUCAUGUGGACUUUCCUCCCCUCAAACUUAGAGAUAGCAGAAAGGGCAUUGAGAAGCCUUCAGAAAAUUCUAGAAAUUUCAACUUGCUGCCACCAUCAAGGCUCCAAGCUCCUCCUUGCUGCCUCUAAUACCUAUAUCACUGAUGUGGGACCCAUCUAUGGUCUUAGGUUGUAAAAUACCCAUGCUGGAGAUACCCUUUGCACUGCUUUGACAGCACAGGACUGUGUCAGGCAUGGAGCCUGGAACAUGUAGAGAAUUCACAUUUCCUAAGUUGGUAAAAAUCUUACUUUGAGUGGCAGAUCAAACCUCAAAGCAGCUUUCACUUGACAUUUAAGGAUAAACAGUUCAAUGCAACUCUAGAUAACCCCCUUAUAAACUGAUGCUCCAGUUAUGGUUUGUGACAUAUGAUUAGACUGUGUAGAAUGCUGGCAAAAUGGUUAACGAAAUAAAAGAAACAGAUCAACAACA